AUGCCUGUGACGGGCCAUCCCUGAGCGCAGACAGACCUCCUGCUGACCCUUGGUGGUGACCGAGACAGUGACCCGGAGCCAGCCCGGACCCAAGCGCCAUGUCAGGAUCCACACAGCCCGUGGCACAGACCUGGAGGGCCACAGAGCCCCGCUACCCGCCCCAUGGCAUCUCCUACCCAGUGCAGAUCCGGUCCCACACGGACGUUGGGCUGCUCGAGUACCAGCACCACCCCCGGGACUACGCCUCACACCUGCCCCCCGGCUCCCUCAUCCAGCCCCAGCGGCGGAGGCCCUCGCUGCUGUCCGAGUUCCAGCCUGGGAACGAGCGGUCCCAGGAGCUGCACCUGAGGCCCGAGUCCCACUCGUACCUACCCGAGCUGGGCAAGGCUGACCUGGAGUUCAUGGAGAGCAAGAGGCCACGCCUGGAGCUGAUGCCUGACCCCCUGCUGCGCCCAUCACCUCUACUGGCCACAGGCCAACCCGGAGCGUCUGAGGACCUCCCCAAGGACCGCAACCUGGCGGGCAAGUUGGAGCCCGUGUCCCCGCCCAGCCCCCCGCACGGCGAUGGUGAGCUGCAGCUGCUGCCCCCGCGGCUGUCCAAGGAGGAGCUGAUCCAGAGCAUGGACCGCGUGGACCGCGAAAUCACCAUGGUGGAGCAGCAGAUCUCCAAGCUGAAGAAGAAGCAGCAACAGUUGGAGGAGGAGGCCGCCAAGCCGCCGGAGCCGGAGAAGCCCGUGUCGCCGCCGCCCAUUGAGUCGAAGCACCGCAGUCUGGUGCAGAUCAUCUACGAUGAGAACCGGAAGAAGGCAGAGGCGGCCCAUCGGAUCCUGGAAGGCCUGGGGCCCCAGGUGGAGCUGCCGCUGUAUAAUCAGCCCUCUGACACCCGGCAGUACCACGAGAACAUCAAGAUAAACCAGGCCAUGCGCAAGAAGCUGAUCCUGUACUUCAAGCGGAGGAACCACGCGCGCAAGCAGUGGGAGCAGAAGUUCUGCCAGCGCUAUGACCAGCUCAUGGAGGCCUGGGAGAAGAAGGUGGAGCGCAUUGAAAACAAUCCGCGGCGCCGUGCAAAGGAGAGCAAGGUGCGGGAGUACUACGAGAAGCAGUUCCCGGAGAUCCGCAAGCAGCGAGAGCUGCAGGAGCGUAUGCAGAGGGUGGGGCAGCGCGGCAGCGGGCUCUCAAUGUCGGCUGCCCGCAGCGAGCACGAGGUGUCAGAGAUCAUCGAUGGCCUGUCGGAGCAGGAGAACCUGGAGAAGCAGAUGCGGCAGCUGGCUGUCGUCCCGCCCAUGCUCUACGAUGCUGACCAGCAGCGCAUCAAGUUCAUCAACAUGAACGGGCUCGUGGACGACCCCAUGAAGGUGUACAAGGACCGCCAGGUCAUGAACGUGUGGAGCGAGCAGGAGAAGGAGACCUUCCGGGAGAAAUUUAUGCAGCACCCCAAGAACUUCGGCCUGAUUGCCUCGUUCCUGGAGAGAAAGACGGUGGCUGAGUGCGUCCUCUACUACUACCUGACCAAGAAGAACGAGAACUACAAGAGCCUGGUGAGGCGGAGCUACCGGCGCCGCGGCAAGAGCCAGCAGCAGCAGCCCCCUCCGCCCCCGCGCAGCAGCCAGGAGGAGAAAGAAGAGAAGGACAAGGAGGCUGAGAAGGAGGAGGAGAAGCCGGACGUGGAGAACAGCAAGGAGGAGCUCAGCAAGGAGAAGACGGACGACACCUCCGGGGAGGACAAUGAUGAGAAGGAAGCCGUGGCCUCCAAGGGCCGCAAAACCGCCAAUAGCCAGGGCCGGCGCAAGGGCCGCAUCACACGCUCCAUGGCCAACGAGGCCAACAAUGACGAGGCCGUCACCCCGCAGCAGAGUGCCGAGCUGGCUUCUCUGGAGAUGAACGAGAGCUCGCGGUGGACGGAGGAGGAGAUGGAGACCGCCAAGAGAGGCCUCCUGGAGCACGGCCGGAACUGGUCAGCCAUCGCCCGCAUGGUGGGCUCCAAGACCGUGUCGCAGUGUAAGAACUUUUACUUCAACUACAAGAAGCGGCAGAACCUGGACGACAUCCUGCGGCAGCACAAGCUGAAGAUGGAGAAGGAGAGGAACGCACGGAGGAAGAAGAAGAAAGCGCCAGCUACAGCCAGUGAGGAGGCCGCCUUCCCACCCGUGGUGGAAGACGAGGAGAUGGAGGCGUCGGGUGCCAGCGGGAACGAGGAGGAGAUGGCUGAGGAGGUGGAAGCCUUGCCGGCCCCCGGGAACGAGGUCCCCAGAGGGGAAUGCAGUGGCCCAGCCACUGUCAACCACAGCUCGGACACAGAGAGUGUCCCCUCCCCACGGGCCGCUGAUGCUGCCAAGGAGCCGGGGCCCAGUGGACCCAAGACCCUGCCUGCCCCGGGCCCCGACGGACCUCCCGCCCCACCGCGCACACCACCGCCAGAGGAUCCCCCUGCCCCUGCGGAGUCUGCCCUGGGCCCUGAGGCCAGCGGCGCCCCCACAUCCCCAGCGGCCCCCUCGUCGCCUGCUGCAUCUGCUUCCCCUCUGGUCCCCAAGGAGGAGGAGGAGGCCGUGGCAGUCACGAUGCCCCUAGCUGAGGAUGGGGAGGAGCAGAAGCCCACGGCUGGGGAGCUGGCCGAGGACCCUGUGAAGAUGGAGGAGUCUGGGGCCACCCCCGAGGAGCUGGCCAAGAGCGAGGGCACCCAGGAUGCGGACACAGUGGACAACGCUGAGGGGACGCCCGAGGGCCUGCUCAAGGCCGAGAAGAAGGAGAGCACCGUGGGCAAAGCCCCUGCCCCCAAGGGCUCGGGCACCCCCCAGGACAGCGACUCCAGCGCCACUUGCAGCGCCGAUGAGGUCGACGAGCCAGAGGGAGGUGACAAAAGCAGGCUGCUGUCCCCUAGGCCGAGCCUCCUCACCCCAGCUGGUGACCCCAGGGCCAGUGCUUCACCCCAGAAACCAUUGGACCUGAAGCAGCUGAAGCAGCGUGCAGCUGCCAUCCCGCCCAUCGUUGCCAAGGCCCACGAACCCCCCCGGGAGGAUGCGGCAGCCCCUCAGCUGGCUCCCGCUGCCCCGCCACCCCCGCAGCACCUGCAGUCCGAGGGCGACGCCUCCCAGCAGCUUGGCAGCAGCCCACGGGGCAAAAGCAGGAGCCCCGCACCCCCCGGCGAGAAGGAAGCAGAGAAGCCCACGUUCUUCCCAGCCUUUACGGCCGAGGGCCAGAAGCUGCCUGCAGAGCCGCCUUGCUGGCCGGUGGGCCUGCCCUUCCCUGUGCCCCCGCGCGAGGUGAUCAAGGCCUCUCCUCAUGCCACGGACCCCUCUGCCUUCUCCUACGCGUCCUCUGGCCACCCGCUGCCCCUGGGCAUGCAUGACGGCGCCCGGCCCGGCCCCCCACGCCCACCCACCAUCUCCAACCCGCCACCCCUCAUCUCUUCCACCAAGCACCCUGGAGUCCUUGAGCGGCAGAUGGGGGCCACCUCCCAGGGGAUGUCGGUGCAGCUUCACGUCCCCUACUCUGAACACGCCAAGGCCCCGGUGGGCCCCGUCACCAUGGGGCUGCCCCUCAGCAUGGACCCCAAGAAGCUGGCGCCCUUCAGUGGAGUGAAGCAGGAGCAGCUGUCCCCCCGGGCCCAGGCCGGGCCCCCCGAAAGCCUGGGUGUGCCUAUGGCCCAAGAGACGUCUGUGCUACGAGGGACGGCUCUGGGCUCCGUGCCCAGUGGCAGCAUCACCCGGGGCAUCCCCAGCACGCGAGUGCCCCCUGAGAGCCCUGGCACCUACCGAGGCUCCAUCACUCAUGGCACCCCAGCUGACGUGCUGUACAAGGGCACCAUCACCAGGAUUGUGGGGGAGGACAGCCCUGGCCGCCUGGACCGGGCCCGUGAGGACGGCCUGCCCAAGGGCCACGUCAUCUACGAGGGCAAGAAGGGCCACGUGCUGUCCUAUGAGGGUGCCGUGUCCGUGUCCCUGUGCUCCAAGGAGGACGGCAGGAGCGGCUCCGGACCGGCCCACGAGCCCACGGCGCCCAAGCGCACCUACGACAUGAUGGAGGGCCGCGUGGGCAGGGCCAUCGCCUCUGCUGGCAUUGAGGGUCUCAUGGGCCGCGCCAUCCCCGCCGAGCGCCACAGCCCCCACCACCUGAAAGAGCAGCACCACUUGCGCGGCUCCAUCACACAAGGCAUCCCACGCUCCUUUGUGGAGGCCCAGGAGGACUACCUGCGGCGCGAGGCCAAGCUGCUGAAGCGGGAGGGCUCUCCGCCACCCCCUCGUGACCUGGCCGAGGCCUUCCAGGGCCGGUCCCUGGACGCCCUGGGCCCUUUGAAGCAGAAGCCGGCCCAUGAGGGCCUGGUGGCCACGGUGAAGGAGGCUGGCCGCUCCGUGCACGAGAUCCCUCGUGAGGAACUGCGGCGCACGCCCGAGCUGCCCCUGGCACCGCGGCCACUCAAGGAGGGCUCCAUCACCCAGGGCACCCCGCUGAAGUAUGACACGGGCGCAUCCUCCGCCAGCGCCAAGAAGCACGACGUGCGCUCCAUCAUCGGCAGCCCCGGCCGCACCUUCCCACCCGUGCUCCCACUCGAUGUGGUAGCCGACACCCGGGCACUUGAGCGUGUCUGCUACGAGGACAGCCUCAAGGGCCGGCCAGGGGCCUCAGGGGGCUCCAUCACCCGCGGGGCCCCUGUCGUGGUUCCUGAGCUGGGUAAACCGAGGCAGAGCCCGCUAACCUAUGAGGACCAUGCUGCGUCCUUUGCCAGCCACCUGCCAAGAGGCUCCCCUGUGACCACGCGGGAGCCCACGCCGCGCCUGCAGGAGCCCAGCCUCCUGUCCAGUAAGACGUCCCAGGAUCGGAAGCUCACGUCCACGCCCCGCGAGGUCGCCAAGUCCCCGCACAGCGUGGUGCCUGAGCUGCACCCGCACCCCGUCUCCCCCUACGAGCACCUGCUGCGCGGUGUCGGCGGCGUGGACCUCUACCGCGGCCACAUCCCACUGGCCUUCGACCCCACCUCCAUUUCCCGGGGCAUCCCACUCGACGCAGCCGCUGCCUACUACCUGCCCCGGCACCUGGCCCCCAACCCCACGUACCCACACCUGUAUCCGCCAUACCUCAUCCGCGGCUACCCCGACACGGCAGCACUGGAGAACCGCCAGACCAUCAUCAACGACUACAUCACUUCACAGCAGAUGCACCACAACGCUGCCACCGCCAUGGCCCAGCGCGCCGACAUGCUCCGCGGCCUGUCGCCCCGCGAGUCAUCCCUGGCGCUCAACUAUGCCGCUGGCCCGCGAGGCAUCAUUGACCUGUCCCAAGUGCCACACCUGCCUGUGCUGGUGCCCCCGACACCCAGCGCCCCUGCCGCCGCCGUGGACCGCCUCGCCUACCUCCCUGCCGCGCCCCAGCCCUUCGGUAGCCGCCACAGCAGCUCCCCACUGUCACCAGGAGGCCCCACGCACUUGACAAAACCCACGGCCCUGUCCUCGGCAGAGCGGGACAGGGACCGGGAGCGGGAGCGAGACAAGUCCAUCCUCACGUCGACCAGCACCGUGGAGCACGCACCCAUCUGGAGACCCGGUACAGAGCAGGGCAGUGGUGGCAGCGGCGGCAGUGGGCCCGGGAGCAGCAGUAGCCGCCCUGCCAGCCACACCCACGCGCACCAGCACUCGCCCAUCUCACCCCGUACCCAGGACGCCCUGCAGCAGAGGCCCAGCGUGCUUCACAACACGGGCUCGAAGGGCACCGUCACCUCUGUGGAGCCCAGCACGCCCACGGUCCUGAGGUCCACCUCCACCUCCUCUCCUGUCCGCCUGGCUGCCGCAUUCCCACCCACAACCCACUGCCCUCUGGGCAGCACCCUGGAUGGGGUCUACCCCCUCGCACCCCACCACGCCAGCCCGGACCCACCGGCACCCGCCUCGGCCUCCGACCCGCACCGGGGAAAGACUCAAAGUAAACCCUUUUCCAUCCAGGGACUGGAGCUCCGUUCUCUGGGUUACCAUGGCUACAGCCCAGAAGGGGUGGAGCCCAUCAGCCCAGUGAGCUCCCCCAGCCUGACCCACGACAAGGGGCUCCCCAAGCACCUGGAGGAGCUAGACAAGGGCCACCUGGAGGGGGAGCUGCGGCACAAACAGCCAGGCCCCGGGAAGCUCGGAGGGGAAGCUGCCCACCUCCCGCACCUGCGGCCGCUGCCCGAGAGCCAGCCCGUGUCUACCCCGCUGCUGCAGACGGCCUCAGGGGUCAAAGGUCACCAGCGGGUGGUCACCUUGGCACAGCACAUCAGUGAGGUCAUCACGCAGGACUACACUCGGCACCACCCCCAGCAGCUUGGCUCGCCGCUGCCCGCACCACUCUACUCCUUCCCUGGAGCCAGCUGCCCGGUGCUGGACCUCCGCCGCCCGCCUGGUGACCUCUACCUCCCACCCCCUGAGCUCAGCACCACGGCCCGAGGCUCCCCGCUCAGCGAGGGGGGCAAGAGGUCUCCAGAACCGAGCAAGACAUCGGUCCUAGGAGGCGGCGAGGAUGGCAUUGAGCCCGUGUCCCCACCAGAGAGCAUGACAGAGCCCGGGCACCCCCGGAGUGCCAUGUACCCACUGCUGUACCGGGAUGGGGAUCAGGCAGAGCCCAGGAUGGGUUCCAAGUCCCCAGGCAGCACCAGCCAGCCGCCCGCCUUCUUCAGCAAGCUGACCGAGAGCAACUCCGCCAUGGUCAAGUCCAAGAAGCAGGAGAUCAACAAGAAGCUCAACACCCACAGCCGGACGGAGCCAGAAUACAAUAUCAGCCAGCCUGGGACAGAGAUCUUCAACAUGCCGGCCAUCACCGGAGCAGGCCUAAUGACCUGUAGAAGCCAGGCGGUGCCGGAGCAGGCCAGCACCAACAUGGGGCUGGAGGCCAUAAUUAGAAAGGCGCUCAUGGGUAAAUAUGAUCAGCGGCGAGGUGGGAAGACCAAGGUCUCUGGCAGACCCAGCAGCCGAAAAGCCAAGUCCCCAGCCCCAGGCCUGGCAUCCGGGGACCGGCCACCCUCCGUGUCCUCGGUGCACUCCGAGGGGGACUGCAACCGCCGGACGCCGCUCACCAACCGUGUGUGGGAGGACCGGCCCUCGUCCGCAGGCUCCACCCCGUUCCCCUACAACCCGCUGAUCAUGCGGCUGCAGGCGGGCGUCAUGGCCUCACCGCCUCCACCCGGCCUCCCCGUGGGCAGUGGGGCCCUCUCCGCCCACCAUGCCUGGGAGGAGGAGCCCAAGCCGCUUCUCUGCGCGCAGUACGAGACGCUGUCGGACAGCGAGUGACCGCCAGGUCCCAGCAUGGGAGCGGCCCGGAGAGGAGGAGCCCCGAGUCUGCCUGCCGCGUGCGUGCAUCUGUCCGUCCGUCUGUCCGUCCGGAGCGGCGUCCUUGCCUGUCUAAAGCCUUAACUCCAACUCCCACCCGGGCUGGCCCUGUGCAGUGACCUUUCUCAGGGGAUGUUCACCUGGUGCUCGGGAGGGAGGGAGGGCGCACGGCGGGCAGCCGGGACGAGACAGGACGAGAACCACCUCCACGCCACCUCCUCCCCAAAGCAUCUGGAACCAAAGUCUAAUCCGAGCUCCAGCCCCCGACCCCCGCUCCGCCUCCUGCCCCGCUUAGUGCUCUGGACAGAUGGACACGGGCCUCGUCCCACCUCUAGGGCUCUUGUCGCGGUCCCUGGGCCGCCCAGCUGCGCUUCUUCACUCGCACGGUGGUGCAGCGGUGGGAGAAGAGGCAGGCGGUGUAAAUGGUGUAUUGGUUUACAGGGUAUAUUUUUGAUACCUUCAAUGAAUUAAUUCAGAUGUUUUACGCAAGGAAGGACUCACCCAGUAUUAUUGCUGCUCUGUCUCCCACCCGCUGACGUCCAGGGGCCUGUGCGGCCGUCGGGGCCGGGGCCACCUGCUCACAGCCCCCGCCUCUCCCUCCCCCUUCCUUGGGCAGAAUGAGUUGGAUGCAUAUUCUGUGGCCGCCACCUGCGGAUGGCGGUGGCAUUCUGUCAUUUACACACGUUGUUGUAAUUAAAAGCAAAUUAUACUCAAGUCACCAAGAUUUCUUCUCUG